AUGGCGGAAGGACCAGAGCAAGUGAAGCAUGUACGGGCGGAGCAGGAUGGAGCUCUGGCAGAGGUUGUGUCGAAGAGCCUUGGGGCAAGCAUGCAGCAUGCGACGGAGCUCAUCCGUCUCGGGGCAGUUUACGUCGACCGAGUACGAGCGACGAUGGACGGGGAGGAGGAGGUGUUGGUCAAGAAAGACGCCUAUGUCCGGAUCCACUCGAGGUUGGACGUGCCCACCCACGGGCUGCUCGUGCUGGGGAAGCGCUCGGAGUUUGUCUCACGGUUCAACCGGCUGCUGCGAGAACAUCAGGAGUACAAGGCCCUGGUGCUGGGCCAUCCUCCCCUCGGAGAGCUGGUGCACUACAUGGAGCCGUCAAAGAGGUCGCCCAAGGUGCUGGACACAGCGGCCAGGGAGGGAUGGUUGGAGUGCAGGCUCGUCGUCAAGUCGGCGAGUAGGAGGGAGACUGCGAGCCUGUCGGAGCGAGCGGCCUCUGUCUUGCAACAACAGAGCAGAGUUAGGGAUGAGAAGCAGGCAGAUGCUGAGGAGGAUAAAUCGCCCUUGGAGGUCUACGAGGUUCGCAUCGAACUCAUCACAGGACGGACCCAUCAGAUCCGAGCCCAGAUGGCCUUUGCUGGCUGCCCAGUCGUAGGGGAUGAGAUGUACGGAAUUGGCGGAAGCAGUGGCGAUCUACUGCAAGAGGAGACAAGGAGGGAGUUCAGCAUGGACGUAGAGGCGAAGACUAGGGCGAGGACGAUGGAGGCAAGACAGGCUGAAGGCACCCUGGCACUGCAAGCAUGUCGCCUUGUCCUGCCGGACAUGAUGGGCAAGGGCGUGUCAGAAGAGCGGGGGGAUUCGAAGAGGAGGAAGUGCGAGAGAUCGGAGGACAAGGACGCGAAGCCCGAUGGGGAAGCGGAGGAAGGCACGAGGUCCCCGUCCUUGUCAGGCCAGCAGAUCUUUGAGUUGAAGUUGGCAUGGUGGGAUCAAGAGAAGUUGCAAGAAUGA